AUGAGUACAAUCUUACUUAUGACAAAUUUAACUCCCCUCUUUGCUUGCCAAACGGAUAAAAGAAAAAGGAAAAAUGAGUUCCGAAAAUUUCUCGCAAAACUUGAAGAAGCAUAUGCAAAGCCUAUUAAUAAGAGUAUAAAGAACAAUGAAAUAAUAAUAAGUGAAAUAGUUAUUUUUAGGCAUAAGUUGAAUAGGCAUUCAAUUAAGAAAUCUAAUAUUCCUUAUCAUAAUCAGAAUAAUAUUGUGGAUAUAAUAACAGGAGUUUUAGACAAAUAUACUGAUGCCAAUACGAAUGCUAUUCAAGUUGAAAAUGCUAUAAAAAAUAUAAAAGAAAUUUUAGACAAAACAUUUGGAGUUGGUUGGAUAUGUUUAAUAGGAGAAUCAUUUUCGUUUAACAUUUCAGCAAAGGAAGAAUCCUUUUUGUUUUGUUUUUAUCAGGGGUAUUUAGCCAUAGUUGUAUAUAAAUGCUAA